CUCCCUUCCCGUCCACAGGAAGCCUACUGCGGCUAUGUCAUCAUCCUCAUGGCCCUCCUCUGGUGCACCGAGGCUCUGCCCGUGGCAGUCACUGCCCUCUUCCCUGUAUUCCUGUUCCCCAUGAUGGGCAUCAUGGAUGCCUCUGAGGUCUGCAUCGAGUACCUGAGUGACACCAGUAUCCUGUUCAUCGGAGGGCUGCUGGUGGCCAUCGCUGUGGAGCACUGGAAUCUGCAUAAACGUAUCGCCCUCCGCGUGCUCCUCAUCAUCGGGGUGCGGCCUGCCGUGUUGAUCCUGGGCUUCAUGGUGGUCACAGCCUUCCUGUCCAUGUGGAUCAGCAACACAGCUACCACAGCCAUGAUGGUGCCCAUCGCACACGCUGUCCUGGAGCAGCUGCACAGCAAUCCCACCAGCAAGGACGUGGAGGAGGGCAGCAACAACCCCACCUUCGAGCUCCAGGAACCAAGUGGCCAGAAGGAAGUGACCAAGCUUGAUAACGGGCAGUUCCCCUCCACCCUGCCUGCUCCUUCUGGGCCACGGGUACAUCACAACAAGGAGCAGCUUCGCUUCACCCAGGGCAUGAGCCUGUGCGUGUGCUAUUCGGCCAGCAUCGGGGGCAUAGCCACGCUGACUGGCACCACGCCCAACCUGGUGCUGCAAGGCCAAGUCAACUCGCUCUUCCCCCAAAACGCCAACGUGGUGAACUUUGCCUCUUGGUUUGGCUUUGCAUUCCCCACCAUGGUCAUCCUGCUGCUGCUGGCCUGGCUGUGGCUGCAGAUCGCCUUCCUUGGGUUCAACUUCCGGAAGAACUUCGGCAUUGGGGGAGAGGCACAAGAGCAAGAGCAGGCAGCCUACCGCGUCAUCCAGACAGAGCACAGGCUGCUGGGCCCCAUGACCUUUGCAGAAAAGGCCAUCACCUUCUUCUUUGUCACCCUGGUGCUGCUCUGGUUCACCCGGGAGCCAGGCUUUUUCCUUGGCUGGGGCAACCUGGCUUUUCCCAACGCUGAGGGGGAAAGCAUGUUGUCUGAUGGGACAGUGGCCAUCUUCAUCAGCGUAAUUAUGUUCAUCGUGCCCUCCAAGAUCCCAGGGCUGACGCAGGACCCAGAAAAUCCAGGGAAGCUGAAGGCCCCUCCUGCCCUCCUCAACUGGAAGACGGUGAAUGAGAAGAUGCACUGGAAUGUCGUGAUCUUACUGGGUGGUGGCUUUGCCCUGGCCAAGGGCAGUGAGGCUCAGGCCAUCUGCCUCCACCCGCUCUAUGUCAUGCUGCCCUGCACUCUAGCUUCCUCCCUGGCCUUCAUGCUGCCUGUGGCCACCCCACCCAAUGCCAUUGUCUUCUCCUUCGGGGGCCUCGAAGUGUCUGAUAUGGCCCGGACGGGAUUCCUGCUCAACAUCAUCGGGGUGCUGGUCAUCAUGCUGGCCAUCAACAGCUGGGGCUACCCCGUCUUCAACCUGUACGCCUUCCCCUCCUGGGCCCAUGUUGACAACACCACAGCCCACUGCCAGCCCAGCUUCAUGAUGCCCCAACCCUAG